AGCAGUUUUUUUCAUUUUCAUUAUGUUCUUUAUCACUUUUUUUUCGUAAAAACUGGUUUAUAGAUAGAAGCGUUCGCUGUUUGAAAGGGUAGAGUUUUCUUUAUCGUUUCAAUCUGCCGAGUUGACAAAUUUUACUGAGAUUCGUUUAGAUUUCAAACAGCUUUCGAUACAAGAUGACGUUUCAGCCUUUACCGUUCUUGUUAAAAGGUUUGACACCAGAGUUGGAAACUAAAGCUUUCUUAGAGCUUGGAGAGACACCUAAGGUCAGAAACAAUGCAUUAGAAGAAUUAAAGGAGCUCAUCAAAAAAAAGUCUAAUUUUGAGCCUUUCAUGGAGAACAUUUUUCUGAUGUCGUUCCUUAGAUGGUCAAAAUUCAAUGUUCAGAAAGCAUUCAAAGCACUGUAUGAUUUCUAUAGGCUUAAAGAGAAACAUUCUGGUGUGUAUCUUGAUGUCAAGCCUUCAGAUCUCGUGAAUGUACUGGAGUUGAAUCACUUGACUGUAAUGCCACUGAGAGAUCCUGAUGGUUGCAAUUUAGGAAUUUUGAGAUUAGGUUAUCACGACCUGAAAGCUUUUACAGCUGAAAAACUAUAUGCUGCAGUUUUGUGCAUGGGCUUAGCGACAAACGACAUAGAAGCUUUCCAAGUGAGUGGCGUCGUUUUGAUUUGCGAUUUCAAAAAUCUGUCAUUCGAGAUGCUCCAGUCACUAGCGCAUCCGUAUCAACUCUACUUUCUUGUUGAAGUUUUGCGUUGUCUUCCUAGUCGAAUUAAAAGCAUCCAUAUGGUGAACGUACCAAAGUUUUUUAACACUUUGUACAGUAUGUUAAAAAUUUUGUUUCCCAAAAAGCUUUUAAAAAGGGUGUUUAUCCAUACAAAUGAUUUCACAGAAUUUCACAAGCAUGUGCCACCCGAAAUUCUCCCAGAAGAACUUGGAGGAACUUUAGGUCCUAUAGAUAAUGCUAAAUAUAUAAACUUUUUUCUAGGUAAACAGCAUUAUAUUGAACAGAUAAACAGUGGUACGCUAAAGUCUGAACUUUAUUAUGAUUGAGCUAAAUUGUUUUGAUGAUGCAUUCAAAUGAAGAAAAAUUAUUCCAAAUAUAAUGAUUAUUUCCUCUUCUGAAAUUUUAAUACUUUUAUAUACUUUCUUUAUUAUAUUUGUAAUUCUACACAGUAUUUCGAACAAAGACACCGUACACCUUAAUGUACCAAGUUUGUUUUAAAGUAUUGUUUUAAAGCACCAAGGUAAAUUGUAUCGUGCAUAGCUAUUGAAAUUUGUGUUUAGUGUCUUUAUCGAAAAAUUAAAGAAACUAAAAAAGCUCAA